GGGCACUAGCCCACCGAGCGCCGCCAUCUUGAGGGCCGGCCUCCCCACCCCUGCCUGCCCUUCCUCGCCGCGUCAGCGACUGACUAGCUCCCUCCACGCUCCCGGCUCAGCAGCGGCGAUGCGCGCCCAGCUUCUGCGGCUGGGGCUAGCGCCUGGCUGCACCCGACGCAGGGCGGGCACUUAGACUCGGGCGCCUCCUCUGUGGGGCUGGGCCCUACCGCGCGUGGGAGCUGCCGAGGGACCCAGGGCGGCAGCGCUGCGCCUCGCCUCCCGCUCCAUGGGGCUGAGCUGGAGACCGGCCCCAGCCUGCGGCGGCCAAGUCCUGCGCCAGGCAGAGGCGGCGAAGGGCACCUCGGAGAGCAGAGAAGGCCUGGGGGAGCGGCCGGUGGCCGGGCACUGAGAGGGCCCCAGCACUCAGGGGCUCCGGAGCCGGCAUGUGCGCUCCCGCGUUGGGGCUGUGACCGUCGCGGGGAGAUCUCCUGAAAUCUAUCAGAACAUCACAUGCUCCGUUUUUAAAACGAGCAGUGAGAAAAGAUGGAUACUUUCUCAGACUUUAUCGCAAAGAACCUCUCCUCUUCAGCCAAUAUGUCGCAUUCCCUGCCCAGCAAGUUGGACUACCAAUUCAAUGUUACCAGCCGUUCUCCUUCCAUGUCAAUAAGCAGGCUUUUCCCAGCACUGCUACAAUGCUUUGGCAUCAUCCUCUGUGGAUAUAUAGCUGGAAGAGCCAACAUCAUCACAUCAACUCAGGCCAAAGGACUGGGAAAUUUUGUCUCCUGUUUUGCGCUUCCAGCUUUGCUAUUCAAAAACAUGGUGGUACUUAAUUUUUCCAAUGUGAACUGGUCCUUCCUUUGCAGCAUCCUGGUUGCCAAAGCUUCUGUAUUUUUCUUAGUCUGCAUUUUAACAUUAUUGGUAGCCAGUCCUGAAAGUCGAUUUGGCAAAGCAGGACUGUUCCCUAUUUUUGCUACACAAAGCAAUGACUUUGCACUGGGAUAUCCUAUAGUUGAAGCUUUAUAUCAAACCACUUACCCAGAAUAUCUCCAGUACAUUUACUUAGUGGCUCCAAUAUCUCUUAUGAUGCUAAACCCUCUUGGGUUUAUCUUCUGUGAAAUCCAGAAAGGGCGAGAUAAUCGCAGUAUGUCGCACAACAAAAUGAAAAUAGUGGGACUCGGGCUUCUUCGAGUGUUGCAGAACCCAAUAGUAUUCAUGGUCUUCAUAGGAAUUGCCUCAAAUUUUAUUCUUGGACAGAAGAUACCAGUGUAUCUUGAAAACUUCCUUGAUGGACUAGCCAGUUCAUUUUCUGGCUCAGCACUCUUUUACCUUGGACUCAGCAUGGUGGGACAAAUAAAAAAACUGACGAAGAAUGCGUUUGUUGCACUGAUUCUUCUCAUCACAGCUAAACUACUGAUGAUGCCACUUUUCUGUAGAGAGAUGGUGGAAUUGUUGGACAAGAAUGACAGCUUAGUCAACCACACCAGUUUAUCAAACUAUGCAUUUCUCUAUGGAGUCUUUCCAGCAGCACCUGGCGUGGCUAUCUUUGCAAACCAGUUCAAUAUGGAAGUAGAGAUUAUUACCUCAGGAAUGGUGAUAAGCACAUUUGUGUCUGCUCCUAUCUUGUAUGUUUCUGCUUGGCUAUUGACCAUUCCAUCUAUGGAUCCAAACCCAUUGGCAUCUGCAAUCCAAAAUGUUAGCUUUGAUAUAAGUAUUGUCAGUCUCGUCUCCCUGAUCUGGUCUCUUACUGUUAUUCUUUUGAGUAAGAAAUAUAAACAGCUUCCUCAUAUGCUGACGACAAACUUACUUAUUGCUCAGGUUGUUGCCUGCAUUGGAAUGGUGAUGUGGAAUUUCAUUAUUAGAGAGAGAAACAUCACUCUGAAGAUUCUGGUGUUCAUCUUGUUAUACAGCUCGCUUUAUAGUACUUAUUUGUGGACAGGUUUCCUCUCUCUGACUUUGCUGCUGUUAAAGAAAAGAGACGUAAUAAAGAUACCUGUUGGCUUUAUCAUCGUAGCUGGAUGGGGCAUCCCAACACUUCUAGUGGGAAUCUUACUAAUAACUGGUGAACGUAACCCUGACAGCAUUGACUCAGCUUUUUUUUAUGGAAAAUAUCAGAUGGUUACCACAGCAGUGACUCUAUUCAUCAGCAUUCUGAUAUCAGGUAUCUCACUUCUGUGUAUGAACAGAAAUGAACAGGAGACUGACUAUGAGAUAUUGAACCCAUAUUCACAUAAUGGCCAGAGGGAGAACUCUGAAAGGGAAGGGAAUGAGGAGAAUCCGACGUCAAGCAGUGGCUCUCCACCUUUCGCAGAAUCCACUGCAGAAAGAGGUUGCUGUUCAUGUCAAACAAUAAAUGGUGAGUUAUGCUGCUCUGGAGAGGGAGAGCCAGUGUCAAAUGCCACCUCUAAUGAUAGCUGUACUCCUCCCACCGAGACAGCAAAUCAGUGUGAGAGUCAUUGCAGUUCUGAAAACUGCAUAUUGGCACAGGAAGAACAACGUCUGCAGAGUGGAGACAAACAACUGGCUAGACAUGUGUUGCUGUGUUUACUUCUCAUUGUGGGCCUGUUUGCUAAUCUGUCCAGCUGUUUGUGGUGGUUGUUCAACCAAGAACCUGGAAGGCUCUACGUGGAAUUGCAGUUCUUUUGUGCUGUAUUUAAUUUUGGUCAGGGCUUCAUAUCCUUUGGUAUAUUUGGUUUGGAUAAACAUUUAAUCAUUCUGCCAUUCAAAAGAAGGUUUGAAUUCCUCUGGGGUAGUAGAGAAGCAGCAGAACGUGCAGAGUCUUCUGUACCUGAGGAAAUCAGGAUGACAUGUCAACAAUUUGUUCAUUAUCACAGAGAUGCCUGUGUCAGAAGCAUUGUCAAAGACAGAAGGUGUGGUGCAAAGACCUCGACUGGCAUCUUCUUUGGCUGUGAGCUGGUGAACUGGCUUAUCCAAGUUGGCCUUGCUUCUGACCGUGGUGAAGCUCUGAUGUACGGAGACAAACUGGCAAAAGGAGGAGUCAUCCAGCAUAUUACCAAUGAAUUUGAAUUUCAGGAUGAGUACUUGUACUACCGUUUUAUUCAUAAGAGAUCCACAGUGACUGAAAGCCACUGAACUGGGCAUGUAUUCAGAGCGUAGGCAACAAAGGGCAAGUUUGUCCUUCUCACCUGCCCUCACCACUGAAAUCUAAAGCAUUUUCUUUCUUAUGACACUUAUCGAAUUGGGUGUUCUCACUUGUAAUGCUGAUGAAAUUUGGUGGUUCUUGUUCCACCAAAAGAAAAUGUGUAGCAAAUGGCCUGCUUUGAAUGCUCACUAAUGAAAAAAUCUCUGAAGUAGGA